AUGGUGGCGGGCGCGUUCCCGCUGGCCAAGCUGCUGACGCUGGGCGCGCGCCAGCUCAGCCGGCCCCUGGCCGCGCGCAUCAAGGCGGGGGCGCGCGCGUCCCCCUUCUUCCGCACCUACAUCUGCCUGCCCCCCGCCCAGCUUUACCACUGGGUAGAGAUGCGAACCAAGAUGCGCCUCCUGGGCUUCCGGGGGGCGGCCGUGAAGCCCCUGAACGAGGAGGCGGCGGCCGAGCUCGGCGCCGAGCUGCUGGGGGAGGCCCUGGUCUUCGGGGUCGGGGGGCUCUGCCUCUACCUCGAGUACCUGCGGCAGGCGGGGCAGAGCCGGCGCCGCGAGGAGCACCUGGAGCAGACCCUCAGCGACCUCCGGCAGGGCCUCGAGCAGCUCCAGAGGGACCUGGACGAGCUGCGGGCCCAGGGACACGCCCAGGGAGGGGCCGGACACGCCCAGGGAGGAGCCGGACACGCCCAGGGAGGGGCCGGACACGCCCAGGGAACCUCAGGACAUGUCCCCAACCAAGCUGUGAAUGUCGCUGCUGGGGCUGGCCCCGCCCCCGCCGGCUCUGGACACGCCCCCGCCGGCUCUGGACACGCCCCUGUGGCGACAGGCAACGGCCGUGUCGCGACAGGCCACACCCCCACGCAUUAAAGCACUUUCGUGUUCUGUG